GGAUUAUAAUUUAUCUUUACACCCAGAUCUUAUUGAUGACAUGAUUGAAGAAUUGUUUGAGAUUGACAUCAUUAGUCAAGAUCAAAUUAAAAAGUUAAAAUGUUAUGAUAAACCCACUCAUGUUGAUCCAAACAUUUUAAUGGAAGUAAGACAUAAAGAGGUGAAGAAAGAAUCUCUGGUUGAUAUUAGUAACGAGAAGAGUAUUCAAGAUGAAACUAAAGUGAAGAAAGUGAACAUUCAUCAAGAUCCUAGUAUAAAAGUGAAAGAUUUAAAGACUAUCGACAAGGAAAUUUCUAAUACCAGAAAGUGCUUAGAAGAUUUCAAAAAGAAACUUGAACAGAAAAAUGAAGAUUUACAACAUUCAAUUCUAGACUUAGAAAAGGAAGAAAAAAAUAAUGGUUUUGAUGAAUGUUCAGACAAAAAAGAACACUAUUAUUCUUCUGUCGUAGAAAAACUGAAUAGAGAGGAAAAUGUGAAAUUUUUCAAUUUACAUCUUGAUUGCCUUGAAGAUGCCAUUCAGAAGAGCCAUCCAGUAGAUAGUGUGGAAGCCUGGAUACCUGUUGAAGUGAAAUCGCCAGUGGUAAAUGUCACAACAUUCAGCGAAUAUGAUGUCAUUCAAGGUUUACUUGAUGAUACAGAGGAAGUACAAAAGGAUUUACAAAUGUAUGAGUUACAAACAGAUUAUUCAUCAGAAAAACUAACUAUAGGCCCACACAGCAAUUAUAUACUAAACAGUUCCCCAACUUUUAAUGUCAGUAUUACUCUCGAUGAUAACAAGCUAUCUUCAAAACAAAGAGAAACUAUUCAAAAGGCUGUAAGGACAUGGAAGUUGUAUGUCAAGAAGAUCAAAAUACAAAAGUGGUAUAAUUUAAAAGCAUCAAAAAUAAAAAUCAAUUUGCUUAAGAAAUAUGUUUCUCUGUGGAUAUUUUACACUAAACAAUCCAAGCAUAGAAAGGAAACAUGUUUGACUACAACCUCUGAUACCCUAGAGAUUGUACCUACUAAAUGUUGUUUUAAUCAAAAAAGGUUUGGUAAUUUGUACAAAACUGAAUCUGAGGUGCACCAAGAGCAAAUCAAGAUCAAUGAAGUAAAAACCAAACCUGUUAUCAAGGCAAAAAAAAAUGAAACUGUUUCCAAAAAAGUGGUUAUCUCCUCUAAAGAAAGAAAUCAAGCAAGUAAAUCAAACCGACUAGAAAAUUCAUCAGAUAAAAUCGAGAUUCAUGUGAAAACCUUUACACCUCAAGAUGUUGGAUUGGCACAGCAAACUAAUAGUGUAAGUCAAGGUUGUAAAAAACCAUCAACAAAUCGAGACCAUGAGACCAAAAAUCUUACUUUCAGAAGUAUGGGGGAGCCAAUAAUACACAGGUUUGAGGCUCAAGAAAAAAUAAUCAAACAACAAAGGGAAGUGAUAGAGAAACAGAACCGGAUUAUUUUUGAUUUGCAAGCAAAGUGCUUAGAAAUCGAAUCCAAACUGAAUUGGACCUUAGCAGAGAGACAACUAGCAGAGGCUGAAAAUUGCAACAAAAUAGUUUCUAAGCAUUUGGCUAUAACUGACCGAAAACAAGAAUGUAACUCUGACAGCAAAUAUUCAAAAUCCAAGGUUGAAGAGAUGCUGAACACCAAUAGCAAAACACAGAAUAAAAGUGAUAAAAUUGUAAAAAAUAUGCUAGAAAGACAAGCCUAUUGUUCUCAGUUGGCUGAACAAACAAAACAAAGAAAAAAGCGAAUAGAAGAAGAAAAGGAGAGAUUAAAAUUAGAGCUAGAAGAGAAGCAAAACAAAGAUAAGGAAGAGGAACGAAAGAAUAGAAUCAUGCAAAAAAAAUUGGAACAGGAAAUAGCCAGAGAGAAAGAAAGAAAUGCUGUUGCUCUUAAGAAAAAGGAAGAGGAACUUUUGGACAAAGCUCUUAAUCAUUAUACCUAUAAACUGAAGCACAACACUUUUAUCAUAAUGAAAUCAAAACAUUUAGAACUUUUGGCAAAAUAUGAAUACAGUGACAGGUUUUAUAAACAUAAAGUAGUACAGAAAAUGUUCCAUAUUUGGAAAGACAAAACUAAACAUAGUAUUCAGAGGAAGAAUGAGUUUGCAGAGCAUUACUACAAUGAUAAAAUACUGAAGUUGGCUUGGAACGUACUUAGAAAGCUUCAUUUGGACUACAAGCGUAGACUACAAGUCAGCGAGGAUUUGUAUAACUUGAAACUUCAAGAACGAAUGUUCCACAGAUGGCAAACAUUUGCAGCUCAACAAUUUUUACAGGCUUGUUGUAAAAUUGAACUUGCUGAGCGACUACACCAGCGACAUUUGCUGAGACACUAUUUUCGCUACUGGAGAGAACUUCCUAGACUCAUGUUCAAAGAGAGAGAGAAAGAACAACGCCGUCGUCGUUGGCGUGAGACUGUUCAACAGCUGAUUCCUGACUUUACUCCUGCCUAUGUAGAUUAAGCUAACAGGUUAAAACCUCAGAACAAACAAGGGGCUAAGGUGGUUAUAUGAAUCGUUGAUUUGAUUGAAUGUAACAUGUUUAACAAAUUGGAAAUACUUUAGGGUUGAAAAAAAACUUACAGUUUUCAACAAC